GCUGCCACUUCUGGAUUUCUUUUUUUUUUUGUUCCUAGCUCAUUGACUAGGGACUCUUCUUUGAACCAUGUUGGUCGUGUGAACCAAGCUGUGCCAGCUCUGAUGCCACAUCUCCCCAGUUGCUGCAUUUUCCAGCCAUUAUUUCUGUAACUCUUCCAAAAAAUUCAGCAAUUUUUCUGCUCCCUGCCACCCUGGGGCGAAAGCUUUUGCCCAGCAGCUGUGUGAUAUACAGCUGUGUGUUACACACCUUUGAUGACCAGCCACCUUUCAGCCUCUCAGAUGCACCGUCCAUUCUUGUUCUGCAGUGGCUCCGGCUGAACGAAGAGCUCAUUUUCUUGGUUAAGAGCAUAAGAAGAGUGGAAAUUCACAUUAAAGACCCACCUCUUCCAGGAAACCGCCCCCUGAAGCAGGCAGUGGAAGAACCACGAUGCAAGCCCCGUGCAGUGGCGGCAGCAGUACCGGUGGCCCUGUCAGGGGCUGCACACUCACCCCUUCGGCUGUUGCAUCGGUCCCCAGAGCAAACCGGCACGUGGCUGGGACCUUGCAGGAGUAAGUCAUGGCCCCUAACGUGGCGGGAGCAGCCUCUCUGCGUGCCGGCACUGCAGCUCUCAUCGCUGCCUUGCACGUGGCCUGGGAAAGCACUCUCCCAAGGUGGAGAAAGGGACUUUGUGGGGAAACGCUUUCACUUUUUCCAUCCUUUGGAGGACACUGGUGAGCAGGUCGCCCUCACCCACAGCUCACCUUUUCUCCCCGGGGUGCUCCCCUCCCUGUUUGCAUCCAUCCAGAGACUCGAUCUCUUCUGGGCACCCUCUCGCUCUCUCCAUACUCCCUCCUCCCAGGUCAUGACUUGACACAAACCAUACUAAAAAAACCCGCUUAGCUGAUGCUUUGGUGCCUCUGGGCAUCCCUACACAGUGGGUCAACCCUGCUCUCCCUAUGGUCCAGCUGGGCUGGCUGGUGAUCAGCUCACACUAGACAGAGUUUGUUGCAGCGCCCGAGAUGCUGCGUGGUACCCCCAGCCUAGAAACGACAGUGUUUUCACAGCACUUUUCCCACAGCCUCCUUUCCUAAUGCGGAUCACCCUCUCAAAUACCACAACAGGAGAAAAGAGAAGGCGCUUUGUGCUGGGUCCACUUGAAAUGGAUGUCGUGUGCACCCAGGAUAAUUUCUUUGGCUCUACCCCAAAUGGAGAGUUUCAUCGUGACUUUUGACAACCUUUCAGCAAGGGCUCAAAGUCCAGUGAAGUGGCUGUAUGAAAAGCCAUGGGAAGUUGAGCUCCAACGACAGAGACCGCUUUUCAAGCUCAUGUUGCUGCUCCUUAGUACACAGAUCCUCUGAAUGAGCAAACUCCACAAAAAAAAAAAUAUGAAAUUUGAGGAUCUCUUGCUGGAAAUCGAUGGCUUUGGCAAAUUCCAGAUUUUGAUUCUGUUUAUCCUCUGCCUUCCAAGAAUGAACCUUCCCAUGCAUUUCCUGCUGCACAAUUUUCUUGCUGCUACCCCCUCUCAUCACUGUGCAAUUCCACACCAAGAGGCAUUUGUGAACCUCACCAUGGAGGAAGUUCUGCUCAUCAGCAUCCCCCGGGAGCCCGAUGGCACUUUCAAGUCCUGCGAGAUGUUCUCGCAGCCUCAGUUUCACCUGCUGCUCAAUUCCUCUCUGCAACCAGAAAACAACUCCAUCAUCCAGGAGUGCCAGCACGGAUGGGUCUAUGACCACUCGCAGUUCACCUCCACCAUCUCCACGCAGUGGGACCUCGUAUGCGAGCAGCGCGGACUGAACCAGGCGACUGCAACCUUCUUCUUCAUCGGCGUUACGAUGGGGGCCGUGGUAUUCGGAUACCUUUCAGACAGGUUCGGACGGAAAGCCAUGCUCCUGCUGUCGCUUGUGUGCGCUGUCAUAUUUGGGAUGCUGAGUGCCGCCUCCGUCUCCUACAGCAUGCUGGCCGUCACGCGGACCCUCACCGGGGUGGCCCUGAGCGGCGUCUCCCUUAUUGUAUUGCCUUUGGGGAUGGAGUGGGUGGACGUAGAGCACCGCACCUUCUCCGGGAUCCUGACUAGCAUGUUCUGGAGCGUCGGGAACAUGCUGCUGGCCGCCGUAGCGUACUUGGUGCGGGAAUGGCGCUGGUUAUUAGUGGCCGUAACAGGACCGUGUCUUCUGAGCAUCGUCUGCCUGUGGUGGGUCCCAGAGUCUGCCCGGUGGCUCAUAGCCAACGGCAAAGUGAAACGAGCUCACAGGCAUCUGCUUAGAUGUGCAAGAAUGAACGGAAGGAAAGACUUUGCUGUCUCACCAGAGGACCUCAGAAGGAUGACAACAGACAAAAAGCCAGGAGAGAAUUACUCUUACAUCACCUUGUUCAGGACACCAGUCCUGCGGAAGAUCUCUCUGUGUUCUGGGACUCUGUGGUUUGGUGUUGCCUUCUCUUAUUACGGCAUGAGCAUGAACCUAACUGGCUUUGGGCUCAACAUGUAUCUCUCCCAGUUUGUCUUUGGCUUCAUUGAGAUUCCAGCCAAGAUGAUCAUGUACGUGCUGGUGAAUCGAGUUGGACGACGGCAGAGUCAGGCGUGGGCACUCAUCCUGACCGGACUAUGCAUAGGAGCCAACAUCGUUAUUCCCAAGCCCUUCACCCCCCUGCGCUCUGCAGUAGCCAUUAUGGGCAAAGGUUUCUCAGAAGCUGCGUUCACUACCGCCUUCUUGUACACCUGUGAGCUCUACCCCACCGUACUGAGGCAGAACGGGAUGGGGUACAGCUCCUUCAUGGCGCGCCUCGGCGGGGCUUUGGCCCCACUUGUGUUUCUGCUGGAUGAGGUGUGGAGGUCUCUGCCCGAGGUGACGUACUGCGGCGUAGCAGUGUGCUGCGGCUUGGUGGCCUUCCUGCUCCCAGAGACGCUCCACGUGCGUUUGCCUGAGGGCAUCGAGGACAUCGAGAAGACACAAGUGAAAGGGCCGCCACAAAUCGGUGGUCCCAAGGGCAUGCCGCUACAGCCUCUGCUGAAGUGAGGGUCCCCGUGGGACAGCCACUGCGUAGGACUGCAAAACUGAGCCGUGCUCUGACCCGUCAAUAAAAGAGCCUUUACGGUCCACCUAGUCUCUCUCUGCAGGGAAGUGGGGCUGAGGACAUUGGAGGAAGGAGGCGGAUCACGAAACCGGCUGGAGGGAGCUGCCCCACUCUGUAGUGUGGCCAGGAGCAAGGAUGCAGAGGUCUAAGAGGAUGUGGAAAUAAAAGCACCCCGUGCUAAGCUCUUUCCAGCCUUUGGCCUUGUUGGACUAGCAGCACCUUUCAGAUCACUGCACAGCCUUCCAGAAACUACAAUCCAUCGGUUUACACACCAGAAGGAACGCAAUGCAGCAAUAAAAAAUACUGGGUGUGAAUCGUGCAAAACCAAAUAAUCUCAAAUAAAUCUAACUGGACGGUGGAUAAACCAUAAACUGUAGCUACAAAUGCUUCUUGAAUUUGGAAAUGGUCUUGACGUUUUUCACACUGAGGCUCAAAGCCAGCAAAAAGCACACGCAGGAAUCUCACUGAGAUGCUGACAAAUCACUGACAAAUGCUUGCAUUUGUCCCCACGUACACAAAGAAGAAUAAAAGCUUUUGCAAAUUAUUUAAA